ACCUUUAUAAAGAAGGGCGCAUGACAAGAAAGCAAGGAAAACCUGAAGAACAUUGACAGAAUGCAAGUAAUGACAGUAGUUUUUCAGCAGGGUGUAUGGGCUCUGCUGCUCUGGCCCCAUCUUUUUACUGCCAGCACCCCGCUAGACUGUAGAGAAGAACAGGGCGGCCUUUCCCGCUGCCCCACAAUCUCCCAGGAGAAACUUCUAGAUCGGGUCAUCCAUCAUGCGGAGCUCAUCUAUCGCGUCUCAGAAGAAUCGUGCUCUUUGUUUGAGGACAUGUUCAUUCCAUUCCCUUUGAGGCUCCAGACUAACCAGGCCAGCUAUACCUGCAUCACUAGAGCCCUACCCAUCCCCAGCUCCAAAAGCGAAAUCCAACAGAUAUCCGACAGAUGGUUGCUUCACUCCGUGCUGAUGCUGGUUCAGUCGUGGAUUGAGCCUUUGGUCUACCUGCAGACUGCACUGAAUCAAUACGACCAGGCUCCUGACAUGCUGCUCAAUAAGACAAAGUGGGUGUCCGACAAACUCAUCAGUCUGGAGCAAGGGGUGGUGGUCCUCAUCAGGAAGAUGCUGGAUGAGGGGACCCUGACCACAACCUACACUGAACAAGGCCUUUUCCAGUAUGAUCUGCAGCCAGACAUGCUGGAGUCUAUCAUGAGAGACUAUGCCUUACUCAGUUGCUUCAAGAAAGACGCCCAUAAGAUGGAGACGUUCCUGAAGCUUCUCAAGUGUCGUCAAACCGAUACAUAUAACUGUGCAUAAGACAUAAGCUGCAGCUUUUAAAUAAUCUAGUGUUUAGCUUUAAAUGAAUUCCUGAGGUGGGCAGUACGCACUUAAAGAUAUGGCCAUGCCCCUGGGCAAUUCAGUCUUGCUUGUAAUGCAGCACAUUCCUUAUUGAUUGUUUUGGAAUACCUUCACACACAACUAAGUAGGUGUAAAGCUGUGCCCUUGCUACAACAUACAUAACAACUGAGAUGGUAAAAACAGAAGAAAUAUAUAUAUAUAUAUAUAUAUUCUUUUUUGUACCAGCUCAGUUGUUAUUUUAACAUGUGAAAGGCAAGAGAGGGCAAACUCCCAAAAGAGUAUUUGCAUGUCAAGCCGUCAAAAAUAAAAAAAUCUGCAUAUCCUGCCAUUGAUUUUUCAUUUCCUUUGUUCUUAACUGGAGCUUGUAUUCCUCCCUGGCUCUCGCCGUGUUUUGAUUAUUCCCACAGCCCCUGGAGGAUUGAGUAAGGCUCCCAUGUUGUGGAGUGGGUUUCACUUCUGCAUUAGUGAAAUGAAACACUUCCACCACAGAGGGGAGUCAAACAGAGAGUGAUCACUCUAUAUACUAGAUAUAUAUAUAUUUUAAAGGGACACUUUUUGAUUGGUGAAAGAGAGCGGGAGAGAGACAAAAUGAUUAAUAGCUGAAAUGAGAGCCAAUGCCCUUGUAGGAACAGGAGCCCUUCUUUUAAAGUGUGCCCAAUUUUACACGAAUGAAAUGUGUUAAAAAUAUGUCUUAUCCACUUCAAAUGUCCAGAGAAUAAACUGUUUAAAUUUAUAUUGUUAUUAUUUUAUCCAUGCAGAAUGUAAAUAGUAUAGUAAUGGCAAAAGCCCUCUGUAACCUACUAUGAAAACAUUUUCUAGUUAGCUGCUGUUGAAUUAAUAAGCUAAUAAAGCAAAAGAGAAAAAAAAAAA